AUGGCGAUCUCCUUGUGCUUCACACCCGCCUCCACCUCCUCAUCCUCAUCCUCUCUCUCCAAACUCAACCCACACCAUCCAUCUCUACCCUCCGCAUCGCCCCUCCUCCACCUCCGCCUCACUGUAACCCCUCCCUCCCUCACCCACCGCCACCGCCAGUUCCGCCAGGUCCUAUUCUCCACCGGCGGCGGCGACGGAGGCAUCAACGGCCGAGACUCUUCCGGAGGUGGCGGCGGCGGCGGGGAUGAUGGCGACAUCAACGGAGGUUCGGACAAUGCCGGCGGGAAGAACUUGGCGGAGGCCUUGUUGGUGUUGGCGGAGUCUAAGCGGGGCUUGGAGAGCUUGCCCAAGGACCUGGCCGCCGCGAUCCAGGCGGGUCGGAUCCCCGGGUCGGUUGUGAGCCGGUACUUCGAGCUGGAGAAGUCGGGGCUUUUCAAGUGGUUGAUGCAAUUCGCUGGGUUCAGAGAGAGGCUGCUGGCUGAUGAUCUAUUUUUCGCUAAGGUCUUCAUGGAAUGCGGCGUUGGUCUCUUCACUAAGACUGCUGCGGAGUACCAGCGUCGCGGAGAGAACUUUUUCAAUGAGCUUGAAGUUGUUUUUGCAGAUGUGGUAAUGGCCAUCAUUGCAGAUUUCAUGCUUGUAUAUCUUCCAGCCCCAACUGUCUCUCUCCGACCUCCACUUGCACUCAAUGCGGGAGCAAUCACUAAGUUUUUCCAUGGCUGCCCUGAUAAUGCCUUCCAGAUCGCUCUCUCGGGAACAUCAUACUCAUUAUUACAGAGGAUUGGUGGAGUAGUGAGAAACGGGGCCAAGCUCUUUGCUGUUGGUACUGCUUCAUCACUGGUUGGGACAGCUGUGACAAAUGCGUUGAUCAAUGCAAGGAAGGCUGUUGAUAAGGACAAAGCAGGUGAAAUUGAGAAUGUGCCUAUAGUAUCCACUAGCGUUGCAUAUGGUGUCUACAUGGCGGUUUCUAGCAAUCUCAGGUACCAAGUAUUAGCCGGUGUUAUUGAACAAAGGUGUUUGGAACCGCUACUGCAUAAACACAAGCUCAUGCUUAGUGCAAUUUGCUUUGCCGUUCGGACUGGCAACACGUUCUUGGGUUCAUUAUUGUGGGUGGACUAUGCUCGUAUGAUAGGAAUUCAGAAGGCUCAUUAG